AUGAUCUUCGAAUCCAAGUAUCCCCUCCCCGAGGUCCCGGAGACCGAUGUAUUCAACUACAUCUUUCACCACGGUCGAAGACCCUACCCCUGUAGUCGGGUCCUCUACUGCGUCGACCGGACAGGAGAGACACUCACUUUAGCCCAGCUGGAGGAGAAGAGCCGUCGCUUUGCAGACGCAAUCCGCUCCGAGUACGGCAUCAUGCCGAAAGACGUGGUGGGUAUCCUAGCCCAGGACAAGAGUAAGUCGUAG